GCCAGAUUACAGCUAAGAAAAUCCCGCCGCUCACAGCGACCAAAUUUAAAUCCCCUCCCUACAUGGGGACAAUUAAAGAAAUUGACCAUAGAAGGGCAACGGCUUGUCCUUCAAGCAGGAAAGCCUUUAAACCCCGAAAACUUGUUUUUAGCUUUAUGUGCCUUGCUCACCGUUGCAUCGGGGACUGAGUCUUCCAGAUCCAAAGAAAAUAACUGACGGAGCUCCUAUAUUUCAACAAAAGACGGCUCUCUUGUGGUGGGGAGAUGGUGGAAUCGCUAACCCUGCUGUUGCAGCCGAAGAAUACCCUCAUCACCUUCAAAAUCAUAUUUGGAAGAUCCCAGCCGCUAUGCAACCUGUAACCUUGUACAAUGUUUCAUAUUCAGGGACUAGUCGAUCUGUAUCUACUACUUAUAAUUUUACUAGGUUUAAAAUGUAUAAUAUUACUGUUUGUGCACCUCUACCUUAUGUCUUUUUAGUGGGAACUUUUAAUUUUACACAUUUUUCUUGUACUUGUUUAAAUUGUCAAUUGUUUACAUGCUUAAAUAGCACACUAAAUUUCACUAAGCCUUAUACAGUUAUGCUGUUACAACAAAAAACUCAUAUUUGGUUGCCUGUAAAUUUAACUCGACCUUGGUCUCAAGACCCGGUAAUUUCUGUUACUACUGAAUUUUUUAAACAUCUGUUAAAACGUACAAAAAGAUUUAUUGGAAUAGUGGUUGCUGUACUGUUAAGUCUGAUAACUGUAGCCUCUCUAGCAGCAGUCUCAGGAGUAGCUUUACAUACCUCUUUGCAAGAAAAACAUGUUGUCGAAUUAUGGCAUGAGAAUUCUCAUGAACUUUGGUUAACUCAGUGGCAAAUAAACGCCAAACUACAACAACAAAUAGACCUCCUUAAACAAACAGUUGAAUGGAUGGGUAGAAAAAUAUUGGCUCUUCAGCAUCAAGUGUUUUUAAAAUGUGAUUGGAAUUCAACUACUUUCUGUAUAACCCAACGACCUUAUAAUCAGACAGAACAUGAAUGGGAAAUGAUUAGAAUGUAUUUAAAUGGAAACACCUCUGCCCAGGAGGAAAUAGAAUCUUUGCAUAAUCAAAUUGACAAGGAUUUUGCAAAGCAAAAUGAUGAUGAAUCUCUAGCACAAUUCGCGCAAUUGCUUGCUCAAUCUUUGAAAGGAUUAGAUUCCAAAGGAAUCUGGCAGAGCAUUACCCACACUUUUAGUGGCAUGGGACUUAGUUUAAUUAUAGUUCUCAUUGCCAUAGUUCUUGUGUAUUUUUACUGCAUAAGACGAAAUGCUAUUAAUAACCUGAUCUUAUGGAAAUUGUUGUUAAAAAAUAAAAAGGAAGGAAGUGUGGGGGAUGAGGUGUCACUUUGUAGGCCCAACCCCCUCUAACCUGCAAUUUACAAUAGCCGCCCUGGUAUGCGAGAAGGAGGUAGAACGGGAAUGCCUGUUCUCAGUGAGCCCUCACCCUCUGGAAUCCAUACUGUGAGCUGGCUUUGUUUUGCAGAAGUCUUGAGGAAGUGGCUGGCCACCCUUUGUGACACUAACAGCAGACAAAUUAACAACAUUCUUGAGCUAAUGAAUUUCUUCCUGGGCUAGAGAAGUUGUGAGAACUGGUUGUGAUUAUUUACUUCACUUAGAUAGUUUUAGAAUAAACAUUGUAGUCUGUCACGUUGUAGCUUGCCACAAAGAAUGCCUUUUCACUACUUAAUUAUCUGGGCUCUGUGAAUUGAUCGGGUUUACUAUAUAUGAAUCCUAAAAUAAAGAUUGUGCGUACAGUGCAGUGCAGUGCAGUGUAACGCGGUGCAGACAGCAAA